GAGAUUAGCGAAAUAAAUGGCGGAUAUGAACAGGGAGGGCAUCAACUCAGACUGCUUCUCAAUCGCACUCCGUGAAGGAUAGAUUGAAGUGUGUACUUCAACUUCUGUAUAUGUUUUGUUUGCAACCAAACAAAACGUUCAAGAAAUGACAUAAUCAACCUUGAUAAGGAAUCCACGGAGCCUAGCAUGAUCAUCUACUUCAUUUUGGUUGCCGGGCUUUUCCCGCUGUCUCUGGCAGCGGAUCCCAUUGGAUGCACGUACUUUGCUUCCGAAAGGAAAUACGAAUGUUCCGCGAGAACGUGCAGUUUCCCAUUGGACCUUACCACGUUUGACAAUGUCCCCCAGGUGUUACAUAUCACGGAGUUUUCGGGCGAGCUGGCAGCCUCCGCUCCAGUAGGACCAACAUUCUCCAAUUUUAUAUCCAUUGUAACGACCGGAUUCGAUCCUAAAAUCGUACCCUAGCUUGGUCGUACGAUGCUACGCCGGGGGCUCUGUCAUCAUGACUACGGGCGCUCUUGCAGGUAUGAAUUAUAUUCAGGACUUUCGGAUCAUUAACUGUAACAUCUACAACAUUCCGGACGAGAUGUUCGCAGAUCUGGUGGAACUGAAUUACCUGGGUAUCGAGGGAGGCACUAUCCAUACCUUUGGAUUCAAUACCUUCACUUUAUUAAACAUAUAUGCAAUGGAUUUUACCAGCAACAGGGAAUCUUCGGGCACGCUAUCUAUUCGGAACUGUAACAUUGUUGAUGGCAAAUUACCCAAUGGGCUUUUAUACAGCCUGACGAACAUCAAACAUAUCAUUCUUGAAAAUGCCAACAUCGCUACUCUUCAGUCAGAUAUGUUCCAGGUGACAACCAAAGUUAUGUCUCUGACGUUCACGAACAACCCUCUCACAUCCCUACCUCAGAAUUUAUUUAACAGUAUGCUGGGUUUGGUGUCGGUGGAGGCUGACGGGAUAGCGUGGGAGUGUAGCUGUACAAACCUGUGGUUUCUGGACUACGCUGAAACCAACAACGUCACAUUACGGGGCGAUUACGUGUGUGCAUCUCCAGCUGACGAACAAGGGAAGCGCCUGCAUGCAUACAGAAAACAGUACUGUACCACGGAGGAAAUAUGUGGCAGUGUAUCUGGUGUAGCUAUAGGGAGUUACUGUCUCUCGGCCUGGUCUAUUUCAAACAGCUGCGUGAUGCUGAUCUCCCUCACCAUUUCCUGUGUCGCCCUCGGGAUUGCUAUUUGUACGGUGAAAGAACUCUCCCCCUUGAUCGAAAAACCUAACAAAGACGGAGCAGAAACAAAAAAUCCUUCCAAGAAAUCUGGAUCGGAAGUAAAUACAAUCGCCUCCAAAAAAUUAGCAUUAGAACACGGUGAUAAAAACGUGGAACUGACAAAGAUGAAGAAGCAAGAUGGGCAGGUUUUUGUGGGGAAAUGGGAAGGAUUUUAGUUAGAUAUAUUCGUAUUACAAACUUCAAUGUGUAUAAAUAGAUGAUAUUAUUGUUGUAUUUCAAUGAUAUACAAAAACUCUUGUCUUCACUGUUCUUUGACUCGUUAGAUUAACAUUAUAGUUUUUACUGUGAGUGAUUUUCUUGGUGGGCCGCAAAGUUCAGACAAUUUUGCUAGAUUUCUUUAAAUCAUUUCUUUUUAUGAUAAAAUGACUU